AUGGCAAAUAUGCGCAUGCCAUAUCAAUGCAUAGAGAAAUGUGGUAAUCUCCUCGUCGCUGCCAGAGGUUCCAAUAUCGAGCUGUUUAAUCUCAGUGAUGGCUCAUGUAUUUCUACAUGGAAAUGUCCCAUCACUCAUGGGACGUCAAAGGCCAAACCACCCGUCAAAGAAAUCACUUCUAAGCUGGAGAAUCAAGAUUCCAAGUCAUCGUCAGCGGAUAUUACAAUCGAGACAUCAUCACCUCCGACAAAAAGAAGAAAACUUUCAGGUGGGGAUGACCAAGACGAAAACUCAGCCAAGGACCCUAAAGAGGAGCAGAAGGGUGGCAAGAAGCCAACAAGAAAAGAGAAGAAGAAGUAUGACUACAGACUGGACGCCGUGGCCAGUGGUCUUGAAGCCCCAGCAGUCAUAGCUCUAGCAGUUACUUCAGAUGCCCAGCACGUGAUAGCCAUCACAGGAGAAGACAAAAGCAUCCGAGUCUUCUCCCUCACAUGCCAGGAUGGUGUCACGCGCUUGAACCAGCUAUCUCAACGGCAAGUCCUCAUCCAUCCCUCUGAAAUGAAAUGCAGCAGAGUAAUGCCCAAACGCCCCUCCGCGCUCACCAUCUCAGAAGACAACACCACAAUCCUCAGCGCCGACAAAUUCGGCGAUGUCUACUCCCUCCCGCUCAUCCCAUCACCAUCACCACCACCAACCUCUUCAACUCCCCUCAGCACGCCCCAACACCCAGAGAAAGAAAAACCAUUCAAGCCCUCCGCCAAUGAACUAACCAUCCACUCACAACGCAACCGCAAAGCUCUCGAGAAUCAAAAACGCCAAAAGCCACCCCAGCCCCAGAAAUCUGAGCCGGAGUUCGAGCAUACUUUGUUACUAGGUCACGUAUCUCUGCUUACGGAUGUAAAGUUGGCGAAAAGUGGAGGCAGGAGUUAUGUGAUUACCAGUGAUAGAGAUGAGCAUAUCCGGAUCUCGAGAGGAAUUCCACAAACUCAUAUUAUCGAGGGUUUCUGUCUGGGACACACAGAGUUUAUCAGCCGGAUUUGUAUCCCGGAUACCCGACCUGAGAUACUGAUUGCGGGGGGUGGGGAUGACGAGAUUUUUGUGUGGGAGUGGGAAAAGCAACAACUGGUAUCGAAGGCGGAUUUAAAAAGUACCGUGCAAGAAUUCGUGGGUGGAGAGAAAUUAGUGAGCAAGAUUGCCGUUUCGGGCAUUUCUUGGGUGAGAAGUGGGCAAAAGGAUGUUGUGCUGGUGACUGUUGAGGGGAUUCCAGCACUCUUCACGUUCCACCUUCAGGACUCCAACACGCUCCACCACGCCCAGACUCUGCCGCUACCAGGAAACGCUCUCUCCGUCGCUACAGUGAUCGCCGCCGCUGCAUCCGACGGAACACCAAGCAACCUCGUUCUCAUUUCUGUCGACAGCACACAUAAACCCGGCUCAACCACCGAGCUACGGAACAGCGACAGCACCGAGGAAGUCACCACCACUAGCCCAUUCCAGGCAUUUGUGUUUGAAGAAGAUGGGAAGUUGGUGCAAGACUCUUUUGCACUCGCGACUGCUGAGGGAAAUGAUGUGGCUGAGGGCGCGGUUGGCGGACUGAGGAAUCUGUUGUAUAGUCUUGAGAAUUUGCGGAAGAGGGAUGGGGAAGAGAAGGGGGGUGGAAAUGGGGCGGAUGUUACGAUGGGUGAGGAAGAAGCUGCGCAGCUAGAGUGA